AUGUCGCCUCGCAGCGGCAACGCGUGGGCUGUCAUGAAAGCUCGCGAGAAGAAAAAACAGCAACUGGAGCGACAGCAGCAGCAGUCAACGGAUUCUGAAAAGGUGUCAACCUCCAUCACCCACAAACCCCCCAUCCUAGACUACCCCAGCUCCAUCACAUCUCGCGAAUCAUCCUUCAGCUCAUCCCACGACGCGAAGCUGGACCCGUCCAGCCACCAUGCUCAGAACCAAGACCAAGUCUCUUCCUCGUCGUUCGUCGGUACAACCACCGAAGCAGACAGUCCGAGGGAAAAAGAUCAACGCGUCGAGAAUGAAGUUAAUCGAUCUCGUGUCGCGGCUUUGCGCACGAAGUUUAGUCUUAAGGAUAUUGGGGAGGCUCGCAGGGAGCAGGGUGGUUCUGGUUUGUCUGGAGAUGAUGGGCCGUAUAGUGGUACCACGACGCUGCAGAAUAGCUUCGAUGAGGACGUUCUUGUACCUGAGAAGUCGGAUUCAGGUGUCUAUGCGCUGUCUGCGCCUGGUUCUCAGGUGCCAUCCGGUGAUGAUCUUCAUCUAGCUGCGCAGCUAUCAAUGGAAGAUGGCGACAGUCUCGAGAAGAUCAGAAACGCCAUGAACGCGAAAAAGAGGACAAAACUGGGCAAUGCUAUGGAGGAUGACGCCAACGAGCAAAUCGACGCUAUGAUACUCGAGGCAACUCAGGCGCCUACUGCCCGCAAGGGACAGUACCUGAAUAGCGGACAAGCUGAGGUUAUCAAGACUGAGGCCAGUGCUCAAAGCUUGAGGGCUGUACGGGAUGAAUCCACGCCUGAGCCGUUCCCGGGCAUUCACGAUAGCAACGUAUCUCAAUCCGAAAUGUCAAGCCCUAUCCCAUCGCUGUCUCUCUACCAACCUACCUCCUCCAACUCUCGAGGCAACACCCUUCCAAACACAACAACCCACGGCGGAUCAGCCCCCUCCCCCCCAGACCCAACCUACAACAACACCAUAACACUCGACCAGCAACUCCACUCCCACGUCCAAGCCCUCCAUCACCACCUCAACAGCGUCGUUUCCCGGCUCACGAAAACUUUCGAGUCCUCGAAUAACUGGACGAUGGACCAGAUCCUGCGGAACGUCGAGGUACUCUCUGAUACGGCUAGGGUUAUGAAUGCGAGGUCUGUGGGGUUGGGGGAGAGUGUUUGCGGGGCGCAGAGGGGGUUGCAAGAACUUGGGGAGAGGGUUGAGGUGUUGAGAGGGGAGAUUAGGGGGGUUGAGGCGAGGUUGGUGGAUAUCGUGAGGGAGGAGGUGGGAAGGUUGAGGGGGGAGUUGGGUCUGGGGAGUUUGAUUGAUUCUUCGAGUGUGAUGGGUGUGCCAGUGAUGACAGGAGCGAAGCAGCUGCAUCCAAAGGAGCAGGACGUAUCUGGAGGAGAGCAUAACAAAGGAACCAACAAUCCAACUGAAAAGGAUGGGAUGGUGCAGGUGAAACCAGGUACACCUUUGCCCACUACACCUGUUCAAAAGAAAGAAACCACCAACCCACAACGCAGUGGCUCAUCAGGUCGCAAAAAUCCAGCUCGAGAAUCCUCCGGCAGCCCCGAGCCCAGACCUACAUUCGACCGUUCAUUCUCUCUCGACGCCGUGUCUGAAAACAGCCAGUCUACUCUCCAGCCGCUGCAGAAGCAAAAGACAGAUUGCUCUGCUCCAAGUGAAGAGGGAACAAAGACCCCUCAUAAAAAGAGCAUGUUCGGCUUUCGCAGACGGCGCGAUACAGGUGAUAACCAGUCGUCCUCCUUCUCGUCUAGCAGAUUCCUGCGCACGCCACGUCGGAACAAGGACAAAAACAAGGACAAGGAUGCCAAUAGCAACAACAAAGCUUUAUCCGAAGACCUCAAGAAAACCACUUCUGCUUCUGAUUCCACCAUCGCACCACCCUCAACACCCCCCGUCCCCAAAGUCCCAGCAAACCUAGCCCAACCGCAACCCCAACCCCAACACCAACGUGCACCACACCUACAACCAUCAACAAACGACCAAAACAUGAGCCCCAGCGCCAUCCACCCCGCCCUGCGCAACCCCCGCCAACAGCAAAUCAUGCGCGAACGCGAACAACGUCUCCACCACCAACAGACCAGACUCCAACAACUAAAUCAUAACUACCGCGCGAACCAAUUCCCCUCAUCUUCAACAUCAAUGGCGUUAAUCCCCCAGCGUAGCCUGCGAGGCUCACGAUCUCACCAGGGCUUCAGAUCGAAGGUAUCCGCGGCGUCGUCGGCUUCGUUGUUUAAUCCAGGCGGCUUGGUUGCGCGUAGGUCGCCGUCUGCGCUGUCUGUGAGGAUGGAUUCGGAUAUGGGGUAUCACGGACUACCACACUAUCAGCCUAAUGCUCGAUAUAUCUCUUCUUCGGGGAGUUACUUGCCUGAGCCGCCGAGGUUUGGGGGGAGGGGUGGUCUUCAAGGCCAUAUUCAGGGUCAUAGACAUGGACAAGGUCAUGGUAGGCCUCUUGCGUCUCGGGAGGUUAGUUCGUCUUCGGUUGUGUCGCGGACGGGGAGGGGGGCUGGUCCGAUGGGUUCUAGCCGUGGAUCGGCUGAGGGUUAG